AUGGAAAACUACAGCGAAGAAGGAACAACUUUCAGGGUCCAGUAUCUUGACAAGGGAACUUGGUUUGAUCCACCGGGUCCUGAGAUUGAGCUGCUCACAUUCAGAUCAGUGGGCGAUCUCCCCUCCCACGUGUGUCCCAUUGAUUACCUGGUUGAGCUACUUUUGGCUGGUUUGUGUGCCGGACUAACUCUGGGACAUCUUGGAUCCUGUCUGCUCAAGCCGACCUUGGCUUCAGUGGUUUUUGAACUUCAUCAUGGAGUAUGUUUCCUCACUCAGCACGUUUGUUUCCGACGCGUUGGGAACCACUGCGCGUCAGGAGGCGAAGCGCUGUGCCAGAGCGUCGGUUUCCGGCGCCCACCGUGUUUGAGAGGAACGACGAAACGUGAAACAAAGCCUUGCAUACGCAAGCUGGUGAAGGUUAUGAUGGGGCCCAAACAAAAAUACCCCAAAAUGCCACAGAAAAAGAUAUUUGUGGUCCUUCUUCUUGUUUGUACUGUCAGCCUUGUGGUUCACAACAGGAACUUCUUCAGCUGGACCUGGGAGGCCAUCCACCUGGAGUACUCAGCCCAAUACUCCCACACAGCCUCGGACGUGAAGCCAAAGCACACCAGCAUAGCCUUCCUCGAGACCCAAAAAUCAACCAACAGCACUAUUCAGAACAUGCCAGAGUGUCUCAUCCACAUCACAGGCUAUAUUGGCCCUAGGCGGUGUUCUGAUGACAGAGGCAACAUUAAAGCAACUUACAUUUGGCUGGACUCAUUGUCUCGUUUCCCCCAUCUUCCUACCAUGGACAAGGACAAGACGCAGAAGCGGGACGAUGUGCCGCGAAGCGCCCUGCGAAGUGCGCCGAAGGUUCACGCCGUGCAGCGAUCGUUCUGGCAUGUGCUCUAUUUUUAUCGCGAGCCACUUCAGUUCUGGCUGGAAGUCAAACCAAAGCAGAAAAGGAACAUGGAUGUCUUUCAUCUUGGUUCGGCGAUCUCACCCCGUAACAACACCCAGCAUUUGAAGCCUAAGCACACCAACGUAGUCUUCCUCAAGACCCACAAAACAGCUGGCACCACCGUGCAAAACAUGCUAUUUCGCUUUUGUGAGCGCAACGGCCUGACAAUGGCAUUACCAAGCUGGAGGUGUGAUCAUCAGUUUUGCUACCCACAGUUCUUCUCCUCUCAAUUUGUCCACCCAAACACGUUACCAGCAAACAUGAUUUCAAACCACAUGCGAUUCAAUGAGAACGAACUGAAACGCUUGAUGCCAUACAAUACAAAAUACAUAACUAUUCUGAGAGAGCCAGCUUCCACGUUUGAAUCUUUGUUCACUUACUACAGUGCCCAUGCUGAGGCAUUCAGGAGGGUCCCCGGUGGCUCUUUGGAGGCAUUCCUAGCAGACCCCUUACGGUACUAUCAGCGGGGAGGAGGAAAUGACAUGUACGCACGUAACACUUUGACCUUUGACUUGGGCGGAGACAAAGAUCGGCCAUCAACAGAUGUGGCCUAUGCAAAAGCCUUUGUAGAAGAAGUGGAGAGAGUUUUCUCCUUGGUGAUGAUUUCUGAGUAUUUUGAUGAAUCUCUAGUUCUUCUCCGUCAUCUCCUCUCGUGGGAUUUGGAGGACAUUCUGUAUGUGAAACUUAAUAUGCGAACAGAGAGGUCGAAGAAGAGUCUUUCACCGGGUCUUCGUGAAAAGAUUCGUGCCUGGAAUUCCAUAGAUACACAUCUUUAUGACUACUUUAACGCCUCAUUCUGGGUAAAACUGUCCAAACUGGGUUUAGAUUACGUGGCAAAGGAAGUGAGUCUUCUUCAACAGGCUCAGGAGAGGCUCAUGAAUAGUUGUUUUAAUGGAACGCUGCCUGUUCCCCUUAAAGCUUCGGAGAUCAAAAACAAAGAACUUCGACCCUGGCAGCCAAAUGAAAAUGUUGACAUACUUGGUUACGAGCUCCCAUCAAAUAUCAGCUCUGAGGCAAAGAGACGCUGCCUGAAGUACAUCUUGCCAGAGGUCCCAUACACAACCAAGCUUCUUUAUUCCCAGAUACGACAAAGAUUUCGAAAUUAAACACCACAAAAAUCAAACACAACAGACUAUUCACAAAACUCCAGCUCGUUAUUUUCAGGUUCACUGCAAUCUAUGACUGCUGUUCAACACUCUGGCCUCCGCUUCAACAAGAAAGUCUAAUUCUACA